UAUUUAUCGAUAUCAGAUUAGCUCCUGCUUGAUAUUUUUAUUGAUUACAGAUGGUUACAUUUAUUGAUAUUGUAAUAUAGUACAAUGCCACUGCGUCCUGUAGGUUAUUCUUUGAAACUUUAAAGUGACACGGUUCUAACUGAAACCAGCGUGACGUUCCGUGUACCUUACCUUUACGAGCUGAUUUUGUUUUACGAGAGUGUCUUGAGGCGAACUUUGGCUUCUUCCUUAUUAAUUUGUGUAAUACUACCAAGUUAUUUCAUGUUAAUUUGUUAUCUUAAUGUAUUAAUUGGCCGCGGAAGUGAUUUCGCUGUUUAGAACUGCAGGAGUAAACAUGUCUUCCAAAGGUCAAACAACAGGCAAAGAUCCAAAACUACCAAAAAAAGAGGUGAUGGUGACACGCCACAAGUCAGCCCAGAUGAAGCGCCAACUACGAACCAAAGAUCGGAGCAUGAAACACAUAACUGACCUUCUCAAAAGCCCAACGAAGGAAACCCCGACCAAAACUGCACCGGUAAAGAAGAAGCCGUCACCCAAAGCCAAACAAUCAUUGCUACAAAGCGUACAAAAGAUACAGAAUCUACCGCAAAAGACUUUCAAACUGUCAAAAGUUCUGCGUAAAGAGAUAUUACUUGCGCAAGAUGAGGAGUACCACCCAAAUAAGAGGAAACGGAAGCUGACAGUUAAUAAAGUGGUGUUAAAGCCGAAGCCUAAUAUGAAGGUAGUUGGGGAAAUAGCUGGGUCUGUUAAGAGGAAGUAUGCAGUUCCACUUAAGGCCUACGACAAACCUGGUCAACCACAGCCUCACACAGACUCCGCUGUGCUGUCAGCGGAGUGUGUGAAGCUGAGCAUGGCAGAAGCCAUCCAGAUCAUGGACGAGCAGCUGACGGACGAGGACCUGAUGGAGAUCCUGACCUGCCCCAGCCCGGUUUGGUGGGAGGACCCGCCCGAUGAAGACUAUAUUGAAGAGGCACUUUUCACCAGGUCUCCUCCUGUCGCUGAAUCGAAUGAUCGUCCUGCAACCACAUCACCAAUGGAAGUGGACGCAGAUGAAGAUGAAACUGGUACAGGUAAAAUUAUCCCAAUACCUAAUCUGAGUGCUAAAAACGAUAAGUUUCUGAAGAAAAGAUCUAAGCUUGAAGAUUUACUGGGCAAUAUUAAAGAUAAAAGUAAUAAGCAAAAGGCAAAAGCAAGCAAUGAAGAUGUUAUGGUAAUCUGCUCAAAUUAUCGUGCUAAUAAUGAGAUUAAAAAAGAUGUGGCUAGUAAUGAAAUUAAAGAUGUGGAUAAUAAUGAAAUUAAAGAUGUGGCUAGUAAUGAAAUUGAGGAAGAUGUGGCUAUUAAUGAAAGUGAAGAUAUGGCUAGUAAUAAAAUUGAAGAUGUGGAUAAUAAUGAAAUUAAAGAUGUGGCUAGUAAUGAAAUAGAAGAUGUGGCUAAUAAUGAAAGUGAAGAUGCGGCUAAUAUUGAAUUUGAAGAAGAUGUGGCCAAUAAUGAAAUUGAAGAUUUGUCUAAUAAUGAAAGUGAAGAUGUGGCUAAUAAUGAAUUCGAAGAAGAUAUGGCUAAUAAUGAAAUUGAAGAAGAUGUGGCUAAUAAUGCAAUUGAAGAUGAGGCUAAUAAUGAAAGUGAAAAAGACGUGCCUAAAAAUAAAGAAAAAACAGAAAUGAAAUUGUCUGAAUCUGAUGAUGAAAUCAUAUUGCAUAAUAGCAGUAUGAAUGAAGAUGAAUUGCUAAAGGAUUUGGAAAAUAUGGAUAUUCCUAUAGCCGAUGAUGUGAUAGUUAUAGAUGAUGAUGAUGAUUUUUUAGAGAAGCCAAGUGAAAAUACAGCACAAGAAAGUAAAAAGGAAGAUAAUGAAAUAACAAUUACUAGUGAUACUAAUAAAGAAUCAAGUAAAGAUACAGAUAAUUCAAAAGAAGAAGUGCCAAAUAACUUACCAGCGCUACAAAAGUGUAACUUAAGUGAAGAUAUAGCAUCCCCAAAGUCUUUAGAUAGCUUAAGUUCCAAAUCAAGUGUUGUUUCAUCUAGUAAAGACAUUGAUAGCAUAUCUGAUACUAACGUAAGAUUUCUUAUAGAAGAUGAAGAUGAGAAAAAUAAAAUGGUUACCCACGACAAUGAGACAAAUAAAUGCAAUAAUAAUGAAUCAAUUGCAUCAGAUAAAGAAGCGAUUAAUGAUAUUGAUAAUGUAACAGUUUAUAAAAUAAUUGAAGAAAUUAGUGAUACAACGGAUAUUAAUAACGAUAAUGAAAAAGCUAUCCCAAACGAUAAUAUACUCAACGUAGUUGACGCGAAACUUAAUGAUUAUUUUAAGAAGUGCAAAAAAAUUAAUCAAAAAAAGAUAAAAAAGGAAACGGAUAUUAAUAAAAACGAAAUGGCGCAGAAUGGAGAUGCAGAUUUUUCGACAGUUUCUUGUGAUAAAUGCAAACCUACAUUCAAAAAGGUAUCUGAGAAUGAAAACGUCAAGUAUUGCUUGAAAUGUUCAUCGAUUUUUGACUCGAAAGACUGUACGUAUUGUAUUAAAAAAUUGAAUGGAACAUGCGUACCUUGUAAACUUAAAUUUUGCUGUGCAAAUUAUUACAAAAGUCAUACAGAGAGUUGUACUAAACUUAGGAGUAUAUGUAAAGAUGCUGAGGCUUCUGAAAAACUUGAUACACUACGGGUAUUGUUAUCCAGUUAUACCAUAAAACAUAAAUGAAUUCCAUCAAAUCUACCACUGUGUUGCCAGAAAAAUGAAACGUUCCUUUUAUAGUAAAUAUAUUGGCGAAAGAAUGCACGUAAGUAAAUAAUUUACUACUAAUUUUAAAUACAACAUUUAAAUGCUUAGUUUAAAUAAUCAGACUUAUAAAAAAAGGAGUUUUAUUAAUUUAUAUUGAAUUAUAACUAUUUUGAGGUAGAAAUGUUCGUAUUGCAAUGGUAACACUUCAGGUCUAAACAACAUUUGGUAUUCCGUUUUAAUACAAUAACAUUAUCGUCUUAAGAUGUAGUUAAAACGUGAAUUCGCUUGUC